AUGCUACUCGAAUCUGUGACUGCAUUAUACAAUUUACAAACACUAAAAUUAGAAAAUUGUCACCAACUUGAAGCUCUGCCCAAAGAUAUGCAUCAUCUCAUUAAGUUGAGACAUCUUAUUAUUAGUGGAAAUAGCCUAGUUGAGAUGCCAUGUCAAAUAAGUAAAUUGAGGAAUCUCCAAAUGUUGACAACUUUUGUUGUGGGGAAGGAUAGUGGUGCUAAAAUAAAAGAGUUGGCAGAACUUCAAAGUUUACACGGAGAGCUUUCCAUUAAGAAAUUAGAAAAUGUGGUCAAUAUUACAAAAGCAUCGGAUCAAAUGAAUGUACUGGAGAAGAAGCAACUUGAGAAAUUGAGGUUGGGAUGGAGUGUUGAUGAUGUUGAUGAUCCAAAACAUGGAGAGAGUGUGCUUGAAAUGCUUUCACCAAACACAAUGUUGAAGCAACUCGAGAUUUUCAAUUACCCAAGCACAAAAUUUCCAAAUUGGGUUGGGAAUGAUUCGUUUUGCAACAUUGCUAAAGUAUGUCUUAAUGAGUGUAAGCAUUGCUCCUACUUGCCACCCUUUGGGCAACUUCCUUUGCUAAAAGAUCUUUCCAUCUCAAGAUGCUAUUCGGUUGUGACAGUGGGUGCUAUGUUUUAUGGGAAUUGUUCCGGGAGAAAGCCAUUUUCAUCAUUGGAAACAUUAAGAUUCAGGGAGAUGUCAUCAUGGAAGGAAUGGCAUUCAAUGCAAACUGAAGAGGCUACAACUUAUGGGAAGCUCAAAACACUUGAGAUUCAUGGAUGUCCUGAGCUCAUUGGAGAUUAUCCUCGCUUGCUUCCUUCAUUGAUAAGCAUUGAAAUUACAGGUUACAAGUUGUGUCCAUUAUUAAGUCUCCCAAGAUUACCAUGUGUCACAAACACAAGAAUUAAUUACUUGGAUAAUUCAGAGUCAUUGUACAAGGCAAUAAAUCCAAGUAAUCCUACCUCUCCCACUCCACUUUGCCAUUACCAUUCCCUUCAAUACCUUAAUUUGUGGUAUUGUGGAUCAUCCUUUAGAUCCCUCCAUAUGGAUUUAUUUCCCAAUCUCAAAACUCUUCGUAUUGUUCGCAGCGACUAUUUUGAAACUGUCUCAGCGUCCGAUGGGAAAUCUCUUGAGGAACUAACAUCUUUUUCUAUCGAGAGUUGUGGUAAUUUUGUAUCUUUCCCAAAUGGUGGACUUAUUGCUCCCAAGUUGAGUAACUUAAGGAUUAGUGGAUGCCCUCAAUUGAAGUGGUUGCCAGAGAAGAUGACUUCCCUCUCAUCUUUAGAGACCUUGAUAAUCGAUGAUUGUCCUUCGAUAGAGCCUUUCCCUGAAGGUGAAGGUGGUCACCUGGUUAGUUUGUCUUCACUUUGGAUAUCCUAUGAUGCAGUUUCGAGGAUGAAAUGA